UUUGUUUCUAUGGGUGAGGUGUCACCUGCAACUUCAGUUCAUGAAGAGGACCAUAGGUCUGCCCAAAAGAUGGAAACAGCUUGUUACAGCCUUGCAGAUGAUUCUUAUUCUGUGUCUGAUUCUUUAAGUGUUGUUUCUGUGUCUGAAAUGGCUUUUUCAGCUGCCUCCUCCUGUGGUUCAAUAUUUACAGAACCUUGUACGCUGCAUGAGAAUUCAUUUAAUGACGUCCUCGCAGUAGUGUCUUGUAGCAACCGUGUUAGUGUGGCUGGCCAUGAUUCUCAUAGUUCGAAUGUACUCUCGUCAUCUAUUUCUGCUCCAGUUGCAUCUAGAGACAGGGAAGUAGCAGAGACUGGGUCCACUUGCUCCAAUGAUGUCCUGUCAUUGGAAUCUGCAGGAUGCUCCAAUUACUCCAGUUAUAUUUGUGAUGAUAUAUUAGACCCUGUAAUGGAAACCAUUGAUUUGUUUGACAAGGCAAAGCUUGAGGAAAGCAGGAUCACUGUGACCAACAGUAUGCUUUAUGAAGUCUCUCGUAGAACACAUAAACUCAGAUCAUACAAGAAAAGAAUUCAGGAUGCAUUUACUUCAAAAAAGAGGUUAAGCAAGGAGUAUGAACAGCUAGCAAUUUGGUUCGGGGACAUUGAUUUAGACUCCAGCCAAGAUACAGUGCCAGGUCAAUUGGAAGCUAGCAAAACUAUUACUUUAGAUCCUGCUAUGCAAAUAGAUCAUACAUGCGACUCAGAAUGGGAGCUCUUGUAAGUGACUCAAAACAUCUAAUGUUGAUAACAGCCACUGGGCUGGUUGGGUAGCCUAUCGUUCCGGUAAGCAACUUCAAGAUGAUGUCACUUCUGUGAAUAAUUAUUUAGUUGACGGCUUUCACUUCUAAGAUAAUAAUAAUAAUAAUAAUGAUUUUGAAAAUGACAGUUUAUCAAAAUUCUGAUAUGAUAAGUCACUAUAAAUCCAAUUCCUUUGGGUGCUUGUUCUAGCACUUGGAUUUUUUGUACAGCAGUGAAUCUGACUAUUUUUUGUUUUUCUUCAUUUAAGACUGAAAAAGACUUUAGCCAGAAAGGUAAAAAAGAAAUUACUGAGUCAAGAAGUAAAUUGUUGACUUUCGUCUUUUGUCAGUGUAAAUGAAUUUGACAUAUAAAAUUUUAUGAUAGAAUUUAGUUUUGUUA